GGCAACCAUUUCUAGUGUGUGGUCGAGAGGAAACUGAAGCUUGUGUGCGCGCGCGUCUCAAACGGUCUAUUCGCGGUUAUAUGGCAACAACGGCCGCUUUUCUUUCUUACCCUGUUGUCCCCACUACUCUUUAAAAAUUCCGCCGAAAAAGAGGAGACGAUCUUCCAAAACCUUCAAGCCGUUAUUUCACGGCUCCCCUCUUUCUGUACAAGUGUAUAAGCGCUACCCAGAAGGCCUAGGAAAGGCACUCUACCGCGAGCAAUUCGACUUCAACGCGGAGCCGCCUUGGGAUCCUAGCUGAUAGUGGGAGAAAUCCAUCUCCCAGCUUGUCCAUUUUGUUGCAUAGUAACAGGACCCAAAGGCUUAGUACUCUCUCUAUGAUUGUCGGAUCUGCGGACUACGGUUGAGAUGAAAGGAUUUACUGAUGAACCGAACUACAUAGUUGAACUGCUUGACGGAGGAACGACCCUCGAAGAUGUCAUUGACAACCACAUUUACGAACAAGCUUUGGCUGAAAAAAAUGCAUUUGUUGUGGCUGACCUCGGCGCACUACUGCGGCAGCAUGUUCUCUGGCAGAGCACCCUACCCCUAGUUCGACCGUUCUACCCAGUCAAAUGUAACAGCAGCCCUGCCGUCAUCGAGAUCCUGGUUGCCCUGGGAGUCGGUUUUGUGUGUGCAAAUAAGGCUGAAGUCUCGAUGGUACUCAACCAUGACGUCUCUCCUGAGAACAUCAUCCUGUCCGGUGUUUGCAAGCAGCAGUCGCACAUCAAACACGCCGCCAAAAACGGCGUCAGAUACCUGGUGUGCGAUAACGAAGCCGAGCUCGGCAAGAUCGCCCGCUCUCACUCAAACGCCAAGCUGCUCCUGCAGUUGUGUACCGAGGCUCAGGUGGAGGAGGCCAGCAUGGUGUUUGGCUGCUCGCUGAAAGGUUGCAGGCAUCUUUUAGAAGCUGCCAAAGAGCUGGGUGUGGAUGUGGCUGGAGUAGUGCUCCAGAUUCCAGCAUCAUGCAAAGAUCCUCAAGUGUAUGCCCAUGCCCUGUCUGAUGCCCGCUGUGUGUUUGAUAUGGGGGAAGAGCUUGGAUUUAAUAUGGAGAUUUUGGAUAUUGGGAGUGGAUUCAGUGGCUCUGAGUAUCAGUUGAAACAGACCCAUGCUGCUAUCAGGCCUUUGCUGGAGGCCUAUUUUCCUGUCAUGUCUGGAGUGCGAGUGAUUGCUGAGCCAGGAACCUUUUAUGUGUCUUCCUCUUUCACCCUGAUCGUAAAUGUCAUUGGCAAGAAGCUGGUAGCCAGAGAUCUCCAUGGUGAGUCUAAAGAUCUGACUCCUAGCGAUGACCCCAAGUUUUUGUACUAUUUGAGUGAUGGCGUAUUUGGAUCUUUUGUUGGCAAGCUGUUGGGAAACAUCAUUCCAUCGCCCACAGUGCACAAGUUGUCACUCUCAGCAAAUGAGCCGGUGUUCUCCAGCAGUCUGUGGGGUCCGUCUUGUGAUGCUUUGGACCAGGUGGUAGAGCACUGCCUGCUUCCUGAGCUCUCUGUGGGAGACUGGCUCAUCUUUAAAAACAUGGGGGCUUGCGGUCACGAAGAGACAGCGGUCAUCAGAGACUCUGAAAAACCACCUAUGUAUUACUCCAUUUCUGAAAGCUCUUGGUUUGAGAUGCAGGAGGCCGGAAUCUUAAUUGACACCACCAUGAAGAACUUGGCAUUAGUCCCGUAUGGCUCGUAGUUGGAAACUCUUGGCUUCACUUCCUAACCCGGGCAUUUAAAUGGCCUCUACAGUGCAUAAACCAACAGCCAUAAACUGAACACUUAAUGCUUAGCUACUAAUAAAACACACACACAAUGA